UGUUUACUGCGAUCGCCGCGGGGCCAGACCGGUGGUGGCACCAGCGAUGGCGGCGGCAGCGGCUGCGGGGACCGGCAGCGGCGCGACAAAGAACGGCGAAUGGGGAGCCUUCGAGGAGACAAUGCUGCAGGGGAAUAGCUCAGCAGUGAUCGACAUGGAGAACAUGGACGACACGUCUGGCUCAAGUUUUGAGGAUAUGGGAGAGAUGCACCAGCAGAUGAAAGAAGAAGACAAUGUGGGUGAGGAGCCUGUGACUACAGAGGAGGAGGAUGCAGCAUUCCUUGGCGUGAAGGGAUUGAAAGGACAGCUGGGCAGAGAAGUAGCAGAUCAGGUGCGGAGCCAGGUGUGGCAAGCAGGUAAGAGGCAAGCAUCAAAGGCAUUCAAUCUGUAUGGCAACAUUGAUAUUCUCAGACCGUACUUCGACGUUGAGCCCAUCCAAGUCAGGAACAGAUUGGUGGAGUCUCUGAUUCCAGUCCGGAUGAUCAAUUUCCCUCAGAAGGUUGCAGGAGAGUUGUAUGGCCCCUUAAUGUUGGUUUUCACGCUGGUGGCCAUUCUUUUGCACGGAAUGAAGACGUCUGGAACUGUAAUUAGAGAAGGCACACUGAUGGGCACUGCAAUCGGAACCUGCUUUGGCUACUGGCUGGGCGUCUCCUCCUUCGUCUACUUCCUGGGCUACUUGUGCAAUGCCCAGAUCACAAUGGUGCAGAUGCUGUCACUAGUGGGCUAUGGUCUGUUUGGACCAUGCGUUGUAUUGAUGGUCACCUACAACGUACAUCUCCAUUCCCUUUUCUACCUGCUAUGGCUCAUCGUUGGGGGUCUCUCCACCCUCAGGAUGGUCGCCGUGAUACUCUCCCGCACUGUGGGACAGACACCGCGGCUGACUGUCUGUGGGGUGCUCACUGUCCUGCACAUGGUCUUCCUGCUUUAUCUGCACUUUGCUUACCACCGGAUCGUGGAAGGUAUCCUGGAUACCCUGGAGGGAGGGAACGCUGGUCCAGUGAGAUUCCCCCGAGACAUCCCAGCACUUUCUGUGUCUGUGCCAAACAGCACGGUGCGGUUGAUUGGUGUGAGCCUGCAGAUGCGUUGACCUUGAUGACCUUGGAAGAUCUUCUCUCUUCUUGCUCCCAGUUUUCUGUGGGGUGAUUGUGUGAGGACCAUGCUGGCUGGAGGGUACCAAGGGACAGGCUUGCACUCUCCUGCACACGGCUGUACCUGCACAAUUUGCCACUUCAUCCUGCUGGUGGGGACAGGGAUGCGGUUCAACACCUCCCCACGAGUCAACAGAUCAAGCAAUGUGUACAUAAUUGAGCUGUACUUUAAAAAUAUAUAUAUACAUUUGUAUGUAAUUUGUUGUUUAAUUUCCCAUUGCUUGCAAGGGUUAUUGAAUUGUGAAAUGAUUGCAAAUCAUUUGUGCAACAUGAAUUGAAUUAAACCAAAAAACCUAACAUUA